AGCAGCGGCGGGGUGGAGCGCGGCGUGUCCGGCAGGCGCGGACCGAGGAGGGGACUGCGGGGAGAGCCGUCAGCGGGGGUCGGAGCGGCCCGGCCAGCGCCUCUCGCUGCGUGCGCGGCCCCGGGAGGGGAUGGCGCUGCUGGCCCUGGCCUUGGACGGACUCGCCAUCUUCGGGCUCAUCCUCUUCGUCGUGCUGUGGCUCAUGCAUUUCAUGUCCAUCAUCUACACACGUCUCCACCUCAACAAGAAAGCAACAGACAAACAACCCUAUAGCAAGCUUCCUGGUGUCUCACUUCUAAAGCCAUUAAAAGGUGUAGAUCCUAACCUCAUCAACAACUUAGAGACCUUCUUUGAACUGGAUUAUCCAAAGUAUGAAGUGCUCCUGUGUGUACAAGAUCAUGAUGAUCCAGCCAUCGACGUUUGUAAAAAGCUCCUUGGCAAAUACCCAAAUGUUGAUGCUAGAUUGUUUAUAGGUGGAAAAAAGGUUGGCAUCAACCCCAAAAUUAACAAUUUAAUGCCAGGGUAUGAAGUUGCCAAGUAUGAUCUCAUAUGGAUAUGUGACAGUGGAAUCAGAGUAACACCAGACACCCUAACUGAUAUGGCCAAUCAAAUGACCGAGAAAGUUGGGUUGGUCCAUGGUUUGCCCUAUGUAGCAGACAGACAGGGCUUUGCUGCCACUUUAGAACAGGUCUAUUUUGGCACUUCACAUCCCAGAUCAUAUAUUUCUGCCAAUGUAACUGGCUUCAAAUGUGUAACAGGAAUGUCUUGCCUGAUGAGAAAGGAUGUAUUAGACCAAGCUGGAGGACUGAUAGCUUUUGCACAGUACAUUGCUGAAGAUUACUUUAUGGCCAAAGCAAUAGCUGACCGAGGUUGGAAAUUUGCAAUGGCCACACAAGUUGCAAUGCAAAACUCUGGUUCAUAUUCCAUUUCACAGUUUCAAUCCAGAAUGAUCAGGUGGGCCAAGCUGAGAAUUAACAUGCUCCCUGCUACGAUAAUUUGUGAGCCAAUCUCUGAAUGUUUUGUUGCCAGUUUAAUUAUUGGAUGGGCCGCUCAUCAUGUUUUCAGAUGGGAUAUAAUGGUAUUUUUCAUGUGUCACUGUUUGGCAUGGUUUAUAUUUGACUACAUUCAACUAAGGGGUGUCCAGGGUGGUGCUCCGUGUUUUUCAAAACUUGAUUAUGCAGUAGCUUGGUUCAUCAGAGAAUCCAUGACAAUAUACAUUUUCCUAUCUGCCUUAUGGGACCCCACUAUUAGUUGGAGGACAGGACGCUACAGAUUACGCUGUGGAGGCACUGCAGAGGAAAUCCUUGAUGUAUAGCCCCAGCUUUGUGACUGUAUUUCAAAAAAGAAAAAAAAGGAGAAAAAAAGUAUUAUAAAUUAUGUUUAUAUAAAUGCUUUUAAAAAAAUCUACCUUCAAUAGUUUUAUUACUUGUAUGUUUUGGUAUUUGUUCUUUAAUUUAUUUUUGCAUGGCACUUGCAUCUGUGAAAAAAUACAUCUGUAGUUUUGGCCAAAUGGUACCUUCUUUUUUAUGUAUAAAAGGAAAUCAAGAGAAUUGGUCCCAGGAUCCAUUUUCUUUAUGAAUGUUCUGCAGUAAACUCUAAAGACAGUAUCCUUCAGUACAGGAAAAGCUUCUUGCUCUGUGGUACGCUAUCUUAGUAAAUUGAGAGGUAAAAUGGCCUUUGUCCAUUGGAUUGCAGCAGAUUGGAGAGUAACAUCACUACAGAAGUACAACAAGCUUCUGCAGCAUUUGAAAGAUGGAGCUAGUAGCGGAACACUAGGAGAGAAGUCCUUAGAUGCUUUAUGCCUACCUCUUGUAGUUGCUGCAGAGCAAAUAUAAACUAAUAGAUAACUAGGCCUUGCAAAAAACAAAAGCUGGAGUCUUGUAUUUAUAUGUAUAUAUUAAAACUUUUUUUUUUGUCUCAUUGCAAUGAACCAAAAGUGGACUGAG